GAGGGGCGUCUAUCCCUUCCUCUCGCGGACUACUUGAAGGAAACGCAGGAGGGGAGCUGUGACGCACUUUUCCCGGGCUGUACAACGCAACCAACGCCCUGAGCAUCGCACGGGCACGGUCACACGUCAUCUGAAAGCGAACACAUGAGAGAAUCAAGCUUGACCAACACUACACUAGACGGCGGCCCAGUGCUGAGAGUGAGGUCCGGGGGGAACCUUAUCUGCUACUCCUGCAAGCUGGAUUUCCGGAAGAAGGACUACGAGAAAGAUCAUCCUUGUCUCGGCCGCCACGGGAAUUCAAGAGUCAGUGAAGAUUAUGCAGUUCCCUGUGGGCCCAAUGAUACUUUCUGCAGGGUGGAGAGAACGGAGGUGAACGGGGUACUGACAAUGCUGAGACGCGAAUGCACGGAAACUUGCCACAUGAGCUGCAGGUUGCGUGGAUUCGGGAUAAACACAGAAGUAUGUGAAUUUUGCUGCACAGAUGACAGAUGCAACCACAUGUACCCCACUGACACUGCUCUGAGGGAACUGGCAACCAAAUGUGACUACUGUGGGUUAGUUGUGAGAGCCCCGCCGUCCAGUACAGUGAAAGUAACAGCGUCUAGAACAGUGAUAGAGUCCUUUUCAAUGUAUCUUGCCUUCACGUCAAUUGAUAGAGGUUUUCAUUCCUUGUGUGUGGUGUUUGGGGGUCUUCUUUGGUCGUGGUUGUGUUUGGGUGUUUGAUUAUUGGUGUGUGUGUGUGUGUGUGUGUGUGUGUGUGUGUGUGUGUGUGUGUGUGUGUGUG